AUGCCCUCUGACCCCAGCGCGUGUGAGGAGUGUCUCUGUGUCUCUCUCAACCUCACCUCUGCCACUUGGGCAGCCCUCUCCGACGGUGCGGGCAGACUCUACCUCCUCAGAACCAGCAUGAGGGAGAACUCCAGUCUGAAGUGGGAGGUAAGAAGACUUAGCCAUACAAUAUACUCUCUGUCAUAAUCAAUGUUCAGAUAUUGACCAACAACAUUGCUGGCAUUUUCUUUUAGUUUUUUUUCCUGGUAUUAUAUUUUUACAUCCCAUUUAAUACAGGUAGGCAAUUAAUUCUGACUUGAAAAAGAUAAAAAUGAGAUGUCAAUCUCAAUGUGACUUACCUGGUUAUGUCAAGGCGUCAGUGUAAUGCGGUAGGCGAAGUCAGGCGCAGGACACAGAGCUAAUCAAAAGCGUACUUUAUUCGUAGGUAAAUGAAUGAACAAAACCUCCACGCAGGGAGGAAACAAACCCGCACACUAACGACAACCAACACAUGAACAAACCCUAUAAACCCUCGGUGGAAUAUAUUAAUCCAGGUGUGUUUUAUCUUGUGAGUCCCUGUUAUUUACCAUUUUGAAGAUCAGGUUUAGCAUGUAGAUGAGCUUGCUUAUCGACUCUUAAGCCUAGAGUUCAAGAGUAGAAUUUUGAAUGAAGGAUUAUGCAGAACCCCAUGAGUCACUAUCCUCUAACAAACCAAUUUAGCAAGGUUCAAGUAUUGCUGCACGGGAUCAGAGACAAGCUGGCAUUAUGAGGCGUCUAUUCCGACGCCUCUGCUCUUCCACCAGUUGUUGUGAUCACUACAGAUUACUACAAUCAGACCUGGGUUCAACUAGUAUUUGACGUUUUUCAAAUGCAUUAAGCAUUUGAUCAAGCUUGCCUGACACGCCAGAUGGGUUUGCACUAUUCCGUUGGUUACAUUGCACCAUGCAAACUCAAUCAAGCACAGAAAAAGUAUUUUUUAGAUUUUUGAAGCGUUUGAACACAGAAGGUCUGAAUACAAUAGGUUGUUAAAACCUGGCAUAAAACACAUGGGAUACUUUUCAGCAUUUAGCUUAUCUGUCCAUCACCGAGCUUGGAGGUUCUCCACCUUCUUCACAAAGGCUCUGCUUGAUGUGUUUCAUGUUAGUAAAUGAAGAGAUCUGGAUUAUAUGCAAAGAAAUUAGCAACAUCUACUUAAUCAUAAACUUAGACCUUCCAGCCAGUUAGACAUUUGUGUAAAGCUUUACAUGAACUCUAUCUUCAUAAAGCAUUAAUAACAUAGGCUACCCAGUGAGAGGGAAUUAACAUUAAAGAAACAUUAUAAAGCAUGAUUGUAGCUCAGCUGGUAGAGCACGGCGCUUGUAACGCCAAGGUAGUGGGUUCGAUCCCCAGGACCACCCAUACACAAAAAUGUAUGCACGCACGACUGUAAGUCGCUUUGGAUAAAAGCGUCUGCUAAAUGGCAUAUCUUUAUAAAAGCUUUAGAAUGUAUUUGACAUUAUUUAUGGUAUAAAUUCACAAUAAGAUGUAGCUUGUUAUAUGAAGCUUUACUAACACUUCACUAACACUAUGUCAAUAACAGUAUAUCUUGUUCUUAUAGAUACCCACUGUGCAUGGAUUGAUCUAAACACAUGUCUGUCUCUGUGAACUAAAUAGACUUGUUGGUUGUGUGUGUGUGUGUCAGCCCUUGUUCAGUGAGGAGAAGGGGGAGCCCUUCAUCAUCUUCCACAUCAUAUCUCACGUCCUGGCCGGGGUCCACUCCAUGGAUGGAGGUCCUGCUCCUCCGCAUCCAGAAAGACCC